UUUUUUGGUAAGAUUUACUUAUUUUUAUUUGUAUUAGUGUUUUGCCUACAUGUUUGGAUGUACACUUCAGGUGUGCCUGGUACCUACAGAGGCCAUAAGAGGGCAUCAGAUCUCCUGGCACUGGAGACAUUCGUGAGCCGCUAUGGGGUGCGAGAACCAAGUCCUCUGCAAGAGUAGUCAGUGCUCUUAACCACUGAGCCAUCCCACCAGCCCUGUCAGGAGAGCUUCAUCAGUUGGUCGUUGUUGUUGGUUUGGUUUUUGCUGUUUUCCGGUCUCAAUAGGAGGAUGAGAGAUUACCGUCAUACUGUUCUGUGGAUAGCAAGAGACCCAUUUCAAAUGUACUUGUUCUACUACGUAACACGACAGCCUGCCCACGUGGAGAUCCUGAGAGAGCAGAGAAGUUCUUUCCCUUUGUUGGUUCUUGUUGAGACACUAGGUAGGCCUGGCUGGCUUGGGACUUUGUGUAGACCAGGCUGUGCCUGCCACUACUCAACCCCCACCUCUGAGCUGCUUACCUGGGAUUAAAAACUUGUGCCAUGUCUUAAUUAGGGUUUUUUUUUUUUUUUUUUUGGUUCUUUUUUUCGGAGCUGGGGACCGAACCCAGGGCCUUGCGCUUCCUAGGUAAGCGCUCUACCACUGAGCUUAAUUCUCAGCCCCUUAAUUAGGGUUUUUAUUGCUAUGGUAAACACCAUGACCAACAUCAACUGAGGGAGAAAAGUGUUUAUUUCAGUUUCCAGUUCCACAGCACAGUCCCUCACGGAGGGAAGGCGGGGCAGAAAUCAAGGCAGGAGCUGAGGCAGGGGCCCCGGACAUGUCCAGGUUUGUGUCGAGCUGGCAAAACCCAACCACUGCAUGCCAUCGCCCAGAGAGAGGAGAGAAAUUUCAACUGUAAAAUCAUCUUUGAUUUUUAUUCUUCAAGUAGACAGUUCUGUUUCCCAAUGUAGUUUAAUACAGAGUGCAUGCCCAGGAUUCAAGCCUCAGUUCCAGAAGAAAGAAGACAAAGCAGUAUUUGGAGAAAUGUUAUGAGAUAGGAAUAUUCAUCAUAAAGCCAGUGUUUUUUCUUUUUUUUCAAGAUUUAUUUAUUUAUAUGAGUACACUAUAGCUGUCUUCAGACACACCAGAAGAGGGCAUCAGAUCCCAUUACAGAUGGUUGUGAGCCACCAUGUGGUUGCUGGGAAUUGAACUUAGGACCUCUGGAAGAGAAGUCAGUGCUCUUAACUGUUGAGCCAUCUCUCGACCCCGUGUUUUGUUUUCCUUUGCUUUGUUUUGUGUGUUGUUGGGGAUUGUACCCAGGGCUUUGGGCAAGAGGCUCAUCACUGGCUGUCUACUCCUAGUCAUACUGAUAGAAGUUUAUUUAUUGUGUGCAUGUAUGUGCAUGUGUGUAGAGGUCAGGGGACAACUUGGUUCUUUCCUUCCAGCAUGGAGGGCCCAGGGAUGGAACUGAUGGCUGUUGGCCAGAACCUCUACCCACUGAGGGAUCUCACUGCUCCCUCUGGUCUUUUGUGCUAUGUAUUUUGAGUCAGGUCUCACACUGAUGCCCACGAAGGCAUGCACCGUUUGGUAGCCCAGGCAGGCCCUGUACUUACUGUCCAUCCGCCGAUGUCUCCAAGUAGCUGGCAUUGCAGGUCUGCACCGGCAGCCUGGCGAAAACUCAGUUUUUAAAAGUAAGGAAGGGGGCUGGGGAUUUAGCUCAGUGGGGCUGGGGAUUUAGCUCAGUGGAGCGCUUACCUAGGAAGCGCAAGGCCCUGGGUUCGGUCCCCAGCUCGGAAAAAAAGAACCAAAAAAAAAAAAAAAAAAAAAAAAAAAAAAAAAAAGUAAGGAAGAAGUCCAAGAAUCGUAUGCUGGGUGUAUUGACACAAGACUUUAGCCUUUAAUGCCAGCACACGGAACAGAGCAGGCAGGUUGCAAAGCCAGCCUGAUCUACAUAGCGAAAGCCUGUCUCAGAAAGACAAACAAAAUUCCAAAGAUAAAGAUGCUAUUAAGGGAUAGUAGUAAAGUAUUUCAUGUUGUUCCUCCCCCUCUCCCCUACACAGGGUUUCUCCAUGUAGUCCUGGCUGUCCUGGAACUCACUCUAAAAGACCAGGUUAGUCUUGAUCCCAGAGAUCCACCUGUUUCUGCUCCGGAAUGCUGGGGUUAAAGGUGUGCACCACCACUGCCUGGCUGUUACCCAGUGUUUAAUCUUUACUAAGAGUCCAGCUUCUGAAAGGGUUAACAAGCUAGAGGAGAAGAUCCAACUGUGGCUUUCUUUUGCCACAGUUCUUGGUUCCAAGCCAUGGAAGACAGUUUGAAAAAGUAUCAGUGGAUUUCCAGCUAGAGAACAAGGCCGAUGCCUGGAACCUGGCAAACACCUAGAACCCUCCAGAAAGCAGGGAUCUGAGCCAUGGUCUGAGAAAGAUGGCCGUGUAGCUGCUGGGUGCCAUUUUCCAUUCUCCACUCCCCUCAGUCCUUCAGGAAGACAGCUUGGUUGUCUGCAGCUUUGGCAGUCUUUGCAUCUGAAUGAACCCAUCUAGUUUCCACCUAGCCCUGCAGUCACCGAGGCCUCUGUUCUUGAGACCCCAGCACUAAAUUCAUAUUUACUGCUGUCCACUAAGUUGUUCUGUGGCAGGAGCCCACACCGCUGUUAAGGAAGCACCAGUCAUAACAGGUUAUUAACUCUCCACACCUAACAAGAAUCCAUCUCUGCUUCCUAAGCUUAUUGUAUCCUCCAAACCAUGCUUCUCACCCUAUGCUCAACUUGGGACUCCACGGUGGCUAAUCUCCUGGACACCCCCUGACUCCCCUUCACAAGAUGUAUUCUUGCAUUCAUCUACCCACAGGCAGCCUUGAGCCCCGAGUCCCCCACUCUUGUGUCCAGGUGCUAACAGCUAUUUUCUAUCAAAUAACCCUUCCCUAUGAGAGGGAACCCAAAAGCCAGUGAAGGGCUGCUCCCUUAAACCCCAACAUAGUGGGAGGGAGUUUUCCGGCCGGUUCCUUGUGCACUUCUAAACACAGCUUGCUUUAACUAGACAGCUGUGGAAAUGGCUCAUUCUCAGACCUCACAGUGUGUGGACCCAUCUUUAGAGAGGAUGUGCAUGAGCUGUCCUUUCUAUGAAUUUAAAGAUUGAGUGAUAAUGCUGACUUUGAUCCCAGCACUCAGGAGGGAGAGGCAGGCAGAUCUCUGUGAGUUCAAAGCCAGCUUGGUCCACAAAGUAAGCUCCAGGAUGGCCAGAAUUGGUCUACAAAGAAACCCUGUCUCAAAACAACAACAACAACAACAUCAACAACAACGGCAAUGUGAUGGCCAAUCGGAAUGCCUGAAUAAGAAGCAGAAAUAUCAGCUACGACAGCAAUAUGAGAGACAGAGCCACGCCAGACCCAGCGCUUGGUGUUGGGUUGAUGAUCUCUGCAUUGAGAGAGGAGACCGUUCUCCCAGGUUGGGCUGAGCACGUGUGUGAAAGGGGAGGGGGAAGGGCUGCUGCUUUGUUGCACAUUGGACAGGCUUCAGUUGGAACAAACUGCAUUUUUCAGUUUACAUGCCAUGCUAUUAUCAAGGGAAAAGGAGACUUGGCGAGGGUUCAGAGAACAGCCCGAUUAAAGGCUUGUGGAGUCAAGAGUUCUGAGGAAGCGCAGAAAGAACCGGGCAUGUGGUGUCAAAUGCGAGAGGCUCAGGUAUAACAGAUGAGCUAGCUGUAUGUGAGAAAAAUCCAAGGCUCAAGGCAAGAGCAGAGUUAAAUUAUGGGCUUAAGGAGGAAAAAGAAAAUCCAUAAAAUUUAGCAAUGGGAAGUCUGGACUCAGGACGGAAACAGUAAACUUAGAAGCAAGUUGGAAACUUGUAGAGUUAUAAUGUGAAAUUCUGCACAGAGUAUUACUGAAACAACUGCGUUCACUUUUAUGUUUAAGCGGAUAGAAAUCAUUUAGAAAAUAAAGAUGCUUCUGAUAGAUCCUCAGACCAAUUGCCUGAGUGAGUUUUUGGUAAAGUCUGUGCAUGUGUUUGUCCUGUCCUGGUGGUUUGUCUUCCUGCUUUACUAGAUUUGGGCUUUGAGUUUUAUGUUUCUUAAAACAAGAUGUGUCAAUGACAAAGCCAAUCAAGGAAGGAGCCAAUGAAGUCUUCGGUUUUAAAGAAAUUGUUAGUUGGCUGAGAAUUUCAUCCAAUGAGAUCCAUACCCAUCCCUUCUCCAGCUCUCCAUGGGACACUGGCUUUCAGGACCACUGCAAGUAUGGCUGUAAUGUAAAGACAAUUGCUUUUCCUUUUCUUCUUUAAAAAUUUAUUCUAUUUAUAUGAGUACACCGUAGUUGUCUUCAGACCUACCAGAAGAGGGCAUUGGAUCCCAUUACAGAUGGCUGUCAGCCACCAUGUGGUUGCUGGGAAUUGAACUCAGGACCUCUGGGAGAGCAGUCAGUGCUCUUAACCACUGAGUCAUCUCUCCAGCCCUUCCUUUUCUUUAUGUGCUAUUUUUUUAUUGAAAAUAAUUUUCUCAUUCAAUAUAUUUUGAUUACUUUUUUUCCUCUGCCAGAUACUUACUUCCCCACCCAUCCAAUGUUAUGUCCCCCCCCUCUCAAAACAAACAAAAACCAAAAAACCAAAAACCCCUAAACAAACAAAUGCACAGGAAAAAACAAAACAUCGAGUCUGUUUGUGUUGACCUGUGACCUGUGACCUGUGACCUACCCCGAGCCUGGGGGUCUGACCUUGGAGUGUGGCAACCUCUCCCCUGAAUGACUCCCAAGUGACUAGAGCAAUUCAUCUGCGCAGUGCUACCUCAGGCCCCAGGGACAGCUGUGCUUUCUCCUUCUCCAGUGCCUUCAAGGCUUCUGAGUCAGCGUGGUGUCCUACUGAUCUCACUCCUAUUUAGAAUGAGGCCUCAGGUGCAGCUCUAUGGACUCAGUGUGUGUAACAACCUGGGUUUGCUCCUUAGCAGCCUAACUACAGCAGCUCCACGGUUUCCUUGGGCUGGACCUGGAUGCUCUUGGCUCAGUGGAAAGUAACGGCUGAAACAGUCUUACUUCCUUCUGCCUUCCUGAGGUAGUUAUAACUUUACGAGAUUCUUAAAUAACUCCUUUGAAAUGAUCUGUUCAUCUUCUGUGCCUUUAGCACUGCGUAGAGCAAUGGAGUAAGUCCAGAACAACACUGGUUUGAGGGAGGGACUGGGUGAGAAAGGGAGGCACAAGAAGAGUUUUCAGGGAAGGGCACACAGGAAACAAACAGGAAGGAUGUGUCAGUUGGCCAUGCCACUAGCACUUGACCUGGUGUGGGGGAAUUUUCUACUGUUCAAUGCUGUGAGCCCUGCUUUGUUCAGUCUGUGUUUUUCACCAUUGGGUAUCAAAAGUAGGUCCUCACACACACUAGGCAAGUACCCUUCCAUGGUGCUCUGUCCUGUCUGUGAGUGAGUCCAGGAGUCACACCCUCACUAUCUGUGACUGCCCUGUCAAGAGGUGGUUGUCCAAGUCAUCCUUGGCUCAUUCUACUGUCUUUAUUCAUUGAGGAUACCUCUUUUCCUGAUGUCUAGUAUUUCUGGGAACUCAUGUCAAAUGAGCAAGACAUGAGUACAAGAGCCAGGAGAGGGCUAGACACUGGAGAAAACAACGAGAGCCAGGAGAGGGCUAGACACUGGAGAGAGCAUGUGAGCCAGGAGAGGGCUAGACACUGGAGAGAGCAUGAGAGCCAGGAGAGGGCUAGACACUGGAGAGAGCAUGAGAGCCCAACGGUGCUCACUGCCCCUCCACACAUGGUUUUGCUUGCUUUUCUGUCGGCCUUACUUGUUGAAUCUGUUUGUAACAUAGCCUGAGUAGGGAAGUUAUAGGCACGCAGUUCAGACAAGACAGCUUCAGAAGAGCAGCAAGACAGGCAAGGCAGGGAUGUGUGCACGUGUGUAUGUGUAUGUCUCUGUGUGCUGGGAUCUUACUUUAAAAGAAACCAUUAAAGUUAAGUCAGAUCAAAUUUAGGUAUGAAUAUGUUCAUAGAUAUUAUAUAUAAACAUAAUAUAUUCCUACCUUUUGAAGAUCCGAUGGGAAUCUAUCUGUGUUUGGUUCUGAGCCCAUGAUAAGGGACUGAGGUACAUAAUUUACAUAUCAAAGUAGACCUGGCCUCCAGGUCCUCCCAGCACACCCUGCUCUCGACCCUGGACUUUCCAGCCCAUGGGCUGAGCUGCCCUUCUCCCAGAGGCUCCUCCCUAUAUAAUCCAGACAUGUUGGUGUCUCCUCUCUCUCUCUCUCUCUGUGUGUGUGUGUGUGUGUGUGUGUGUGUGUGUGUGUGUGUGUACACACCCUCUCUUUCUCCCUCACCCCACAUGGUAACUUCCCUGGCCCAGUCCUUGGGGACGAUGAACUUGCCUGAGAGCGGCUUCUCAGUAACCCCGCCUUUAAUAUAUUCUAACCUGGCUUGAAUGGGCUCGCUGCACCAGCGGGGAAAUAAGCUAUCAAUCUGAAGGACUAAUUUAAUCCUCAAAAUGGCAAGGAGUUCGAGCAUCUCAUUUUGAGAACAGGGACAAAGGUCUCUCUCUCUAGAAGCCUUCAGGGAAAACUCAUCUUUCCUCUUGCUCCACACGGCGGCAGGGAACGGACAGAAAGUAGACCAGUGAUUGUCUACAAGGCACCUGGCAGAAUCUCAGAGGAACCAGGGAGUGAAGGCUAAGGCACUGUGAUUCCCUCUGGGGAUGAUGUGGUUUGAAUGUGUAAAGGUGAACACUUAAUCCACACUGAGCUCCUGGUGCGUGACUGUGCUUCUAGCAAGAGAAAGACACAUACACUUCAGCUUAAUUUAAUAUGCCUUGACCAGCUCAAUGACUGGGCUCUUCCAAACCUCCUCUCGGCUAGCACACACUUCCUUCCAGUAUUCCUUAGUUAACACUUUCUAAAUCUUUAUUUUAUCUUUGCAGACCCAAGUGGGGGAGUGGGGCUACUUCCCUGACUCUUACAUGUCUGUGGGCUCUUAAUGCGGAUCUCUCACCUCAUCACUGCAUGGUCUGUCCUACAUGGCAGAAUCCCUUCUCCUCCUCCCCUGCAUUUCUUGCCUAGGGAAUCCUAAAAAAAAAAAAAAUCCUUCUGUCUCCCUUCCCAGCCACUGGGCGCUGGCAACUCUAUUGUCCAAUCAGAGCCAAGGGUGGGCAGGCUUCCUUUAGCCUACACUGGGACACUGCAAACAGGUAACACAAUUAGCAUGAGAACACAAGCCAAUACAUGAAUGAGAACAGCUCCCAUAUCCUCACAUUUCAAAGCUUAUUCACCAGGGAGUGGAAACUGUUUGAGAAGGAUUAGGAGGUGUGGCCUUGUUGGAGCUUACUGGGAGUGAGCUUUAAGGUUUAAAAAGCCCAGGCUAGGUCUGGCCCCUCUCUCUGCCUGCUCCCUGCAGAUGCAGAUGUAAAAGCUUUCAGCUACUGUUCCAGUGUCAUGCCUGUCUGCUUCUCUCCGUGAAUGUCAUGGACUAAUCCUCUAAAACUAUAAGCAAUCCCCCAGUUAAUUGCUUUCUAUUUUAAGAGUUGCCUUGGUAAUGUGUACCUUCACAGAAAUAGAACAGUAACUGAGAAGGCUAGGCUGACUCCACGACAGGCUUCAAAUUGGAAGGAGACAAGGCCUAAAUGUCUGUUUCCAAGAACAGAGCAAGUCCAGGCCUCAGAAGCUGCUCCACCACCUGGUCUGAGGCAAGGACAAUGGGUCAGGAGUUUUCAGACUUCCUCAGCAACAGUUUCCAGCCCCCACACCCGGUUAAUGGAAUGUCCCAGAGAUGGAGCAAGAUAAAUGUCACCUACCCUGGAAUCCCUAAUGUGCUUUAAAUCAGGCCUGCAAGCUCACUUGGGUGUCUCUCCAUCUUGGUAAUGGGAGGCCCCAGCGUGCUGGACAUCUGCAGAAUAAAACACUCUUGUGCUUACAUACGAUUUGAGUCCGGAGUAUCAUUCUUUGCAGAAUUAUGGACCCUUACAAACUAAGAAAUUGAAAACAUUCUAAAAUUUAGACUGCAGUAAUAGUCACACCCAUUUAUGAAUAUAAAAGACCAGGGACUUCGACUAAGCUACAGUGAAAAUGUGAUUACAACUUCAGAGAACAGGAAACAAGCGCGUGACACCAGCUGUAGGCCUCCAAAGGAUGCCCUGAAGCAAAAUUUGUAAGAUACAAGCAAGAUAGGCUGAAGCAGUCUGGUAGAAAUCAGGAUCCUGGGAGGGGAUAAGACAAAAGCAAGGAACUCUAGAAGACAGGUAACACGGCUGACUGAGUGAGGAGAAUCACCACCCUCCCUCCUCCUGAAUCUCACUGCUGCCCUGCUCUGUAGCUAGACUACCGAUGCUGUCCUAGACUGGAGGCCAUGUCCCCAGCCUACAGACUGUUGAGAAUAAGCUGCUGGUGUCUUACGUGAUGAGUGGUGACCUAACUGCAAGAUAGAAACUGGUCUAGCAAGGCAGAUUCUGUGAGUGAGAAGAGUGGGCCACCUGCAAGAACUGUCAAACGGGGCUCUCCAGGCCCAGGUUGAAUAAUGAAACCCUAUUCCGAAUGGGCAAGAAUAGAGGCUAGACACACUGCUUUGCCUCUCCCUUCACUCCCAUCCCGCUGUGGGUACACACAUACAAGUGUCUAUAUAAACUCUGACACAAUAGAACCUAAUGAAGAGAUACUGAAAACUAUUCUUACCUGGGUACAACAUUCCUAUUAGACGUUAAGUUCUAAAAAGCAUGGUGCUAAGACCUCAUAGACUUUUCUGAAUGAAUACUCCUGAGAAGAAGCUGUGUCUGCAGAGACUGAUUGCCCAAUUAGAAUUUCAGUACUGUGGAGAUUGGAAUGUUACAGAUCCAGAGGCAAAUUAUGGUAUCUUGGGGCAGUUCUAGCCCCCUGGAACAGCCAUUCCUUUACCACCUCUGUCAGAACUAACACCUUGUGACUAAUAAAAUUUUUAAAAGUCCUGUUAUCUUAGCAGACUUCUGGCUUUCACCAAUGCAAACACUAAGAAUGCCAUCAAAUAGCAUCUGGCUAUAUCUGCCUCUCUGGUAGACCCAUGAAUGGAUUUUCAACUUGCUGUGAUUUGUGGCUCUUGUUCUGUAGAACUCCAAAAUUGCUUCCACACUGGGAUAUGAAAUUUGAGGUAAUCUAAAUUUGUGUUCCCAAGGUCAUAGUCACCCAAAACAGCUCCUUUUAAGCUGUAGUUUUGGUGUCAACACAUUUAAUACAUACCUAAUACAGAUGCUUCAAAGUACAAGUAGACAAAUGGAUUUAUCUCCAUGUGGGGUAAUUAAAGAUUUUUAACAACAAUGCUUCUUUCCUCUAAUUUUCAGAAUUGUAAAUAUGUUUAUGUCUCUGGUUCAAGACUGAGUGUAAUGAAUGCCAUUACCAUGAUUUAACACAGAAGGGGCGUAGGGGAUAUAGCUCAUUUAGAAUGCUCACAUAGUAUGUUUGGAGUUCUGGGUUCCUUUUUCAGUACCGCAGACAUAGUGGUACAUGCCUGUAAAUUCAGUGCCUGGGAGGUGGAGAUAGAAAGACCAGGUCAAGGGUAUCUUGGCUGCAUAGUGAAUUUGAAGCCAGUUUGGGCUUUCAUGAAAUCCUGUUUCCAAAAUGUAAAAGAGGGAACAUAAACAUAUAAGUUUUAAAAAUCUAAAACAAGGGCUGGAGAGAUGGCUCAGCGGUUAAGAGCCGCUCUACUCUUCCUGAGGUCCUGAGUUCAAAUCCUAGCAAUUGCACGGUGGCUCACAAUCAUCUGUAAUGAGAUCUGGUGCCCUCUUUUGGCCUGCAGGCACACAGGCAGGUCGGAAGCUGUAUAAUGCAUAUAUAAUAAAUAAAUAUUAAAAAAAUCUAAAACAAAACAAAACAAAAAAACCUACACAUUUCAGGUUGCCUUAAAAAGCAGGAUGUAAAGUAGGAAAGAGAUAGAGAUGUUUGAAGAACAGAUUUCUCUCUCUCUCUCUCUCUCUCUCUCUCUCUCUCUCUCACACACACACACACACACACACACACACACGUGUGAAGAUGCAUGGUAUAUAACAGCCAGCCCAGAGACGUGUGUGUGUGAGGAACAGCUCAUACGAAGAAAUACUCCUGUCCCUAAACCUGUGGGUCUAGGUGAGUCGGAAGCAAGCCAUGACAGGUGUGACUAGGGAAUCAGAAAUAGGAUCUACUGUACAUUCUAUAUUCACAAGUGACUCAGAAUUCUUUGGUGAGGAGAAAACUGAAUAAGGGAAGUAAAACAAACCCCAAACAACUGAGUGUUCAGGUAAAGAUUGGCCUGCUUAACUUCUUGGCUCCUUCUGCACUUAAACAAAGCAACAAUGUCCAAUUUGCCUUCAUAGUCCUAGGUCCCUAAAACACCCUAGGAUCUAACAUUCUGAAGAUCUGAAAAGAAAAUUCCUAUCCUUUGCCUAGGGAUUUAAUCAAGUCUGAGGAGAAAGUUAUUUAAAAGUUUCUCCUGGGUCUGAGAUUGAAGGGAUUACCGCCUAAAUUAAAGCCACAAGGUAACUUGGUCUCAGUGUUUAAAAGUCAAUAGCAGGAAGAGAGUCUGCAGGGUAACAGACCCUCUAGCUAAGUCUCUCUCUCAGCCCCUUUUCUUCUCAGUCUCACCAUGUAGCCUAGGUUAGUUUAGAUUUUAUUUUCCUGCCUUUGGCUCCGGAUCCUUCAGUUCUGGCUCUCUUAAGUACUAAGAUUACUGAGUAUCUCUUCUGAAAAGAUUUUACAACAUAGAAGCAACACCAAGGAAAAUAAGCCUUUCUUUGAAAGAAAGCUGGGUGUUGUGGCACACUCCUAUCAGCCAGCACUCAGGAAGGAGAAGACCCCAAACCCCAGGCCAAACGAAGAUAUUGAAAGAGCACAGGCCGGGGUGGGCUGUUAUACUGGCGUUCCCUGAAGUCUUGGCACUCGAGAGGUGGAUGCAGGAAGACCAGGAGUUAAAGACCAUAGACUAGUAUGAAUCUAACAAAUUUCCAUAGUAUCGUCCAAGGAAAAAAAUACAAAUUUAAAUUACAAGAUUAAAAGAACUAAAUGAACAAGUGGCCAAUGUUCAUCGAUUAGAAGGCUUGAUAUUGUUAGCUGUUAUCCCAAGUAAACCAGAGAAUUAUUCUGUGGAUACCAAAUGACUUUUUUUUUUUUUGAGACAAGAGUUUUUCUUUGGAGCUCUGGCCUUGUUCUGUAGCUCAGGCUGGCUUCGAACUCACAGAGAUCUGCCUGCCUCUGCCUCCCAAGUGCUGGGAUAAAAGGUGUGUACACCAAUAUUUCCAAGCUCUGAUUUCAAAUGUAUUGGAAGAAGGAAAAAUCCUUGACAACUAGCACAGAACCAAGAGCAAAUCUGAGGCAGCAGCACUGGGACACACCCUUUAAUCACAGCACCUAGAGGGCAGAGGCAGGCACAUCUUUAUGCAUUAGAGGCCAGCUUGGUCUACACAGUGAGUUCUGCAUCGCUACAUUGAUCAUGAUGAGAAAGGAAUCAAUUAACGGAGAGCACUGAAAUAGACCCAUCUAGAUAUACUCCUCACCAGGACAACGGAACAAAGGUGAAGCUGGAAGAAAAAAUAUCUCCAGCAAAUGCACUGGCCACUUUGAGCUCAGUGAUUUUCUUGCCUUAUCUUUCAGAUGCUGGGCACGUAUGAUGCCUGUUUCUGCUUUACUCUAGUAGCUUGAAUAACUGCUAGAGAAUUGUGUUUCCUUUAUAACACACGCUCACUUUGUGUGCAAUGUUUUAUCUUUACAAUGUAAAGUUUAGCAUCAUCACUGCUGUAACACAACAGGGGCUCAAUAAAAGUUUAAAAGCACUUUUAUAUUUGUUGGAUCUGGUUGCCUAGCACUGGGAGGCAGAAGCAGGUAGAUCUCUUUGAGUUCAAGGGUAGCUUGGUCUAUAUAAUCAUUUCCAGGACUGUCAGGAGUAUGUAGAGAGAACUUGCUUCUACAACAAAAAUAAAAACAAAACAAAACCACUUUUAUUACAUUUAUUUAUACACACACACACACACACAAACAUACACACAUACACACAACGCUACUCAGGUUGUCAGGCUCUGUGGCAAGUGCCUUAGUUCUUGCUGAACCAUUUCACCAAUAAACAUUUGUUAGAAGAACUCUGAGGCUGGAGGGCUGGAGAGCUGGUUCAGCAGUUAAGAGCACUGGCUGCUCUUCCAGAGGACCCUGGUUCAACUCCCAGCACCCACAUGGCAGCUCACAACUGUAACUCCAGAUCCAGAGGAUCCAAUACCCUCACACAUUCUUGUGCGUAACACUGAUGCACACACAGUAAGAUUAAAAAAACAAAACCCAACGGCCCCUACUUACUCUGCCCGGCUAACUCCACCCUGUACCUUCUGCUUCCUGCUUUGUGGUUGCUGCUGGCUCACCAAGGAAGCUUUUAUACAGAGGCUGAUUGAUCCUUCACCUACUGUUCUCACCUCCUUCCCAAGCUUAAGCACAUAUUCAAACUGGAUGAAAGAUUGUGGUUAAGAAACUGGUUAUGCAGUAUUUACUGUAAACUGAUAUUAGUGGGGAAGAAGUGAGAGUCCAGUUUACCUAAAUUAUCAGAAAUGUUAAGAAAAGUGGCCAAUAUAAUCUUGACAGUUUCUCUUAAGUUUCAGGAAGUGAGAAGGGGCCAAAGUCCUCGCUCCCCAGGAGGUUUCCUGAAAGCUUUAUAGGAGGAAGAGCUCCUGGACAUUUUAUUCCCAGCCCAGGAGUAAUAGAGAUUGGGUAGCAUUGUGUUCGGCCCCCCACCCCCAAAAUGAGUUUCAUGCAACCUCAAAGAAAUAAGGAUUCAGGAAGUUAGAAAAAAAAAGAUAAGAACAUAGGUCCUGGCAGGAAAGCAGCACUUUGCUACAGACGUGUCUGUAUGCAUCUAUACAAGAUGUCGGGUACUCAAGUUUUGAGAGAUUAAACUGGGGAGCUGUUAGCAGUUUGUUGAUAUUAUGGGCAUUUUCAGGAUUGGUGAGGGCAAAAAAAAAAAAAAGUAGAUGAAAAAAGGCGUAGAAGGCACCGCUCACUGCUUUUGACAGUCUGUAAAAUAUUGUGAAAAGGCUCCUUCUGAGACAGCCAGGGGAACUGACAGCAACAGUCUAAAUCAGCACAUAAUUUCCCCAUCACUCAUCUGCAUUUACUUAAAACAUUACUUUUGGACAUUGUAAGGCAAAACAAAGAUUAUGUGGUUACUUUAUACGUUUGCCUCCGAUUUCUUAGUACAUGUUUUAAAAGCAGAGGCACACAGGGCUGGGGAAACGGCUCAGUGGGCAGGAGCAGAGCACUUGCUGCUUUUGCAGAGAACCCGAGUUCGGAUCCCAGCAUCCAUACCGAGUGGCUCACAGCAUCAUCUAAGCACAGGUUCCGGGGAGCUACUGUCCUCUUCUGGCCUCCCUGCAUGUACACACAUUGGGGGCAGGGGGGAAAAAGAUAAAUCUUUUGGUUCAUUUGUUUUUUUCUGUUUAGACCAGCUAGCCUUGAUCUCAGAGAUCCUCCUGUUUCUGCCUCCCGAGUGCCAGAUGGUGAGCACCAUCACUGCCUGUCCCAGCAUCAAAUCAAUCUUCAAGGCUCACAGGCCUGGGGCGGUGGCUUAAGUUGUCCCACCAUGCAUGGCAUAACAUUUUUUAAAAAAGAAAAAAAACAUACGGAUGAGGAAGUCAGUCUAUGAGAUGGGUGUUAGGUGGUUGGGAAAUCCAGUUAGUAAAAUAUAGGAGAAAAUGUCCCUAGGGUUAGUAUAUGAUUUCAUGAAGUCUAGGGAAAGCCAUUGUUUUCUUUAUCCGAGGGGGGUCAGGAACUUGGACAAAGCCAAUAAGCUCCCCCCAAGAGAGAGAGAAACCCCCCCCAUACAUAUAAAUACCCACAUAAACCACAUGUAUAUGGGAAAACAAACUUCUGUAGUUUUGACUAAUAUUGUGUCUCAGACUGUCUGCUCUGUGUCCAUAGCACUGUUACAGUUUUUUUUUUUUCUUUUUUUUUUUUUUCGGAGCUGGGGACCGAACCCAGGGCCUUGCGCUUGCUAGGCAAGCGCUCUACCACUGAGCUAAAUCCCCAACCCCACUGUUACAGUUUUUAACAAAAGAUUUAACAGUCAGGAACUAUGCAUAUAUGGAUUUAGCUGCAUGCCCUCACAGAACUGUGAGAUGGGUAUUUCUUCUGGUGCAAAGGCUCUCAAGAUGAAACACUUGUAUGCCUAGCAUGGUGUUAUUAUCAUUUUUUAGAAAGAUUUUUACAAAUUUAUUUAUUUAAUAUAUAAGUAUACUGUAGCUGUCUUCAGACACACCAGAAGAGGGCAUCAGAUCCCAUUACAGAUGGUUGUGAGCUACCAUGUGGUUGCUGGGAUUUGAAGUCAGGACCACUGAGCCAUCUCUCCAGCCCCAUGUUACUGUUUUUAAAUUAUUGUUUUUAGUGUGUUUGUGUGUGUGUGUGUGUGUGUGUGUGUGUGCGCGCGUGCGCGCGCGUGCAGACAUGGUACGUGUGAAGGUCAGGGACAGCAGCAGAAAUCAGGUCUCUCCUUCACCUAUGUGAGUUUCAGAGGGCAAAGUCAGGUGACCAGGACCAAGCACACGAACAGAGGCCAUUCUCACUCUACUUCUACAGUACUUUACAUGUUUGCUGUUUUGAUCUAUGAGGGUACAUGGGCCUCCACAACCACAUUGUUGCUUAGACUCAUCAAGUUUAGGAAUAGGCCCGUUAGCAGUGGAUUAUGGGGUGAGAAAUGAUGGCUUCUCUUUAGGGCUAGUAGUUACAAAAGUUAUUUUGGGAUUUGGAGAGAUGGUCAAUGGCUAAGAGCACUUGUUCUGGCAGAGGACAUGGAUUUGUUUCCUAGCAAGGCAGUUCACAAUUGGCCAUAACCCCGAUUCCAGGGAAUCCAAGCCAUAACCAUGAUUCCAGGGAAUCCAAGGUUCUCCUCUGGCUUCCACAGGCACCUGAUAUAUAUGUGGAAUACAUGCAGGCAUACAGCGGUACACAUACAACAGGAAUAAAGAAAUACUUAAAGAUUUACUCUGCUUCAGUUUUUGAGACAGGUAUUCAUGUAGAGCAUAUUGGCCUUGAACUUACUAUGCGAUUAGUUGGGGACCUUGAACUUCUGAUCCUUCUGUGGCUCCCUUCAAACAUCGAGAUCAUAGGACUGUACCACCAUGCCUAUGAAAAAUUAUUUUAGGUGUCUCCUUACUUUUUUGUUUUGUUUUGAGACAGAAUUUCUUUGUGUAGCUUUGACUGUCCUGGAACUCGAUCCGCAGACAAGGCUGGCCUGGAAUUUAGAGAUUUGCCUGCAGAUUCGCCUCCAGAGUGCUGAGAUUAAUGGCCCAUACAGAAAUUAUUUUAACUGUAGUGGUUUCAACGUGAUUCUGAAAAAUCUCUAAAAUGACUAAGGAAUAUAGGAACCAUGUUGUGAGAUUUACUCAUUUUCCAAAUAAGACCGAGGUCUUCCCAGGCAAAGCGGCCUGACUAGACUCUCAAGGCUAGUGGGUACGUGAAACCAGGCCUAUCUUCUCUCUCACUGUAGGCCUCUCCUCAGGAAGGCAGGCCUGUCUACUGCAGCACUCCUCCUCUGCUGGGACAUUCAAUUUUUGCAAUGCAGACAUAACAUAGCUGUGUAUUUAAUAGACUGCUAAGCACUCAUUCUGCUCCUGGACACUGCCCCCCUCUGCACAAGCAAAUGAUUACUAAGAGAUAAAAUAGAUAAGUUUUACAAAGAUUGUUAGACUGAUACUUUAUGAAUGUCCCAACUAGAUAAUCUACAGAAGAGCCCCCUUCUCAUCUUGUUUUCUCAUUUAGCAUUCAGUUUCAUUACGGCAUUUUCAUGCACACUGUAUCCUUGCUUGCUCAGUCCUGCCACCACUCUCUCAUCCCCUUCCCUCGACACGCCCUUUCUCCACAGUCUUUCUCUGCUUUCAUGCCACAGGCAUGCUCAUUCCCCAAACAAGAGAAUAUGAGAUGACUUUCUCAUGCUCAUCGACUUUCUUCCCAUUUCCCUUCUACUUUUAUGUUAAGUGUGUGUGUGUGUGUUUUCAAACCUAGAUUACACACAUUAGAGCAAAUAUGCCAAAUUUGUCUCUCUGGGUCUAGCUUCAGGGAAUACUCUCUAUAUUAACAAUCUAUUUCUAAAAACUAAAAAAACGAGGACAGAUGCAGCGGUACACACCUUUCUUUAAUUCUAGCACUGGGGGAAAGGGAGUUAGGCAAAGGCAGGUAGAUAUGAGUUCAAGGCCAGGCUGGUUCACAGGAUAGCCAGGACUACACAGAGAGUCAACCAACCAACCAAAAUCCUUAAAAAAAAGUAUUUAUAAUCAACAUUGAAAUUUGAUGUGUUCCACUCACCAAGUCCUAAGGAAGGGGGAUGGUACUGAAAGAGUAACAAAACAGAUCAUUCUAGUUUCCUGAGGUCGAUUUCCUGAAAGGUAACUGUUAACUGCAGGAAGUAACAGCUAAUGUCCCUCUUAGGGACCAUAAAACUCCUUUUCUUUGGUGAAGUAACCUGACCACGUGAAGUCUUUCCAUCCAGCCCUUUAACAUUCUGCUAUCAUCCAAGAUCUAAGUCUUAAAGGCAUGCUCUUGUCUAAAGCUUGAACUGUGUAGUAACCCAUCCCCCUGCAAAUUCCUUAUCUUUUGAGAUAAAAUCAAGGUACAUGCUUGGCGAAGUUUCAGAGUGCUAACUCUGAAAUACAGAAACCUAGCUGGAUUUGCAAGCAUUUAUUAACACAGCUAAUGGGUUUUUCUUGGUGUAGUUUAGAGAAUAGUUAAAAUGAAAACCUUUAGUACUCAAACUCAAUUUAAAGUCUCCAAACGGUGGGUGAUUUUUAUCUUCAUGAUCGGAAGUGGUCCAAGUUCCAGCUCUGCAGAAAACUCUCUUUUAAAGCACGGACUUUUACGACCUUAGUUAAAAUAAGGCAACUUUGCACCAUUUCAGUCUUUGCUGAUCGGACUCUCCACAAAUUUCCUCCCAUUUUGAGCAACGCCAGAACCCGCUUUUCAGAACGUGAAGAGGCAAGAAGGGACCCAAGCCACCUCAAGGUAAAAAGAGAGGGCGGUACAAACAAGGCAAAGUCUUUGAGAGAACAGCAGCGCUACCUCGGUCCUCGCAGAUUGGGGGCUGCCGAGCGACUGUCAGAAGACCCUCCUCGGUAACCCCUCCGUCGGCCGCUCCGAAAGACCUCUGACCUCCAAAGAAGGUCCGCUCCGUGAUCCCACCCCCGACGGCUUCUGUCCGCAUCUUUGAUUGGUUUGUUUAAGGAUCCCUCAGUUUAGUGCGCCCAAUGGGAGCUCGGCCUGGACCUAGGGACCCCGCCCCAUGCCCCCGCUCCGGGGAGCGGCGGAGAGUAAAUACAACAGGAGCGCAAAAUGGCGGAACCGCCGAACCCAGCCCGUGGCCCCGUGGCUGUCCUCUCUGAGAAGGAGGCAUUUGGCAAACUACAGCCUUCCUCGCGGGAGUCACCGGGUUCUAUGUCCGCCAAGAAGGUUCGUACGGAGGAGAAGAAGGGGCCGCGGAGAGUGAACGGGGAGGGGGACAGCGGCGGGAACGGCGGGCAGCUGCAGCCGCCCGCCGCCCCGUCGCCACAGAGCUACGGCAGCCCGGCGGCGUGGAGCUUCGCGGCUCGGCCCGCCGCCUCCUCCCAGGCCACCCCUCGGGGCUGUUACGCCUUCUCCGCUAGCCCGAGCGUCUCCUCAGCCUCCGCUUCCUCGUCUCAGCCGGUGCCGCGCAAACUGCUGGUGGCUUCCUCGCUGCUGCACGCUCAGCCUCACCGCGUCCUGCUCCCGCCCGUCACUCCGCCGGCCGCCGCCAAGCCGCGCAGACCCAAGGAGAAGCGCGAGAAGGAGAAGCGGAGGCACGGCCUCGGCGGCGCCGACCGGGAUGAGAACGGCGAGGCGAAGCCGCUGCCGCGAGAUAAAAUCAAAGACAAAAUUAAAGAGAAAGACAAAGAAAAGGAGAGAGAGAGAAAGAAGCAUAAAGUAAUGAGUGAGAUCAAGAAAGAAAAUGGAGAUGUAAAGAUUUUCCUGAAAAAGGACCCGGGCUCCAUUCUCAGCACCCCAUAUGGAGGCUCACAACCAUCUGUGACUCCCUCUUCUGCUCUCCAAGGUGGGAAGGAGAAGCCAAAAACAAACAUAGAAGACUUACAAAUUAAAAAAGUAAAGAAGAAAAAGAAAAAGAAACACAAAGAGAAUGAAAAACGGAAGCGUCCAAAAAUGUAUAGCAAAUCUAUUCAGACCAUCUGCUCAGGAUUGCUGUCUGCUGAAGAUCAAGAAGCCAAAGGCAUCUUAAACGACAAUGUAAAGGAUUGCAUUGGAAAACACUUGGAUACCAAAAACUGUGACUCAAAGGUUCCUGAUAACAGUGACUUUCCCUUUGUCUCAUUAAAGGAGCCACGCGUUCAGAAUGACCUGAAAAGGUUGGAUACUCUGGAGUUCAAGCAGCUCAUUCACGUUGAACACCAGCCCAAUGGAGGUGCGUCCGUCAUCCACGCCUACUGUAGCGAGCUCUCCUGCCUGUCUCCCGUGGAGAUGCGGAGGUUUGCGGAAGAAUUUGUGGGUCUGGCGUUCAGUGAGAAUGAGAGCUCUGCAGCUUUCUACGUGAUGGGCGUUGUUCACGGGGCAGCUACAUACUUACCUGACUUCCUAGACUACUUCUCAUACAACUUCCCCAACUCGCCAGUCAAGAUGGAGAUCCUGGGGAAGAAAGAUAUAGAGACAACAACUAUGUCCAAUUUUCAUGCUCAGGUAAAAAGAACAUACUCUCACGGUACUUACAGAGCUGGCCCGAUGCGGCAGAUAAGUUUGGUGGGAGCGGUUGACGAGGAAGUGGGAGAUUACUUCCCCGAGUUCCUGGACAUGUUAGAGGAGUCACCCUUUUUAAAGUGUACAUUGCCAUGGGGAACACUAUCUAGUCUAAAAUUAGAGAGUCGGAAAGAUAGUGAUGAUGGUCCCAUCAUGUGGGUGCGUCCAGGAGAACAAAUGAUCCCUGUGGCUGAUAUGCCAAAGUCACCCUUCAAAAGGAAAAGAACUACCAAUGAAAUAAAAAACCUUCAGUAUCUACCUCGAACCAGCGAGCCUCGGGAGAUGCUGUUUGAAGACAGGACGAGAGCCCAUGCGGAUCACAUAGGCCAAGGCUUUGAACGACAGACCACCGCAGCUGUUGGCGUGCUGAAGGCUGUGCACUGUGGACAGCGGCCUGAUCAACCCCGAGUAACCAAAGAUGUCAUUUGUUUUCACGCAGAAGAUUUCUUAGAAGUAGUUCAACGAAUGCAAUUAGAUUUACACGAACCUCCACUGUCCCAGUGUGUACAGUGGGUUGACGAUGCAAAACUUAAUCAGCUGAGGAGAGAAGGCAUUCGCUAUGCCAGGAUUCAGCUAUAUGAUAAUGACAUUUAUUUUAUUCCACGGAAUGUUGUCCAUCAAUUCAAGACAGUUUCGGCUGUAUGCAGUUUGGCAUGGCACGUUCGACUUAAAUUAUAUCACGCAGAGGACACUUGUCACAGUACAGUCACUCACGAACAAGGCAUACCAUCAGGUCCCACAUCAUCAGUUCUUGGAACUCACACGGAGAACCAAAGCUCCUCAGACCCUGUGUUGUCAGACAGACUUCAUUCUAAGUAUGAAUCCCCACAAGUUAAACAGGAACCUGUUGUGUCUCUAAACAUCAAGGAAGAACCCGUGACGGUUACUGUAUCUGCAAAGACUAGAACACCAAAUAACACAGAAGGCAAGAGCAGUAAGGCAAAGUCAGAUCAUGUUCAGUUUUCAGAUUUUCACAUUGACAUGGAUUCUAAAUUUGAGAACACCAACAAAGACUUAAAGGAAGACUUGUGUCCUGGAAGUGUUCAGGAAGUCGAUACACGGCAACAUAGUUGUAUACCUUCAAACCAGGACAGAAGUGAUGAGAACAAUGUGUGCUAAACUUGGACAUUGCAUAUGACCUUUCUUUAAAAAUAAUUUGUAAUGAUUCAUGAAAUCUGAAAGCAAGCCUAGGAAAUGCUCUCAAGUCUGUUACAAAAUAUAGUUUAUGUAGCUUUGUAACAUUCCUCAGUGCCUGUCCAUACCCGGGAAGUAUAACGAGUGCACUUAGGGCCAGAUGCACUGUAAACACUGCAGGGUUAAAUACGCAGGAGUCUUUAGGAAAGUCAUUUGAAUUGGAGUUUUAGGUUUUAGAAUAGAGCUGACAAAAAUCAUAUAAAUAUAUUUUUUGUAAUAUGAGCCAGAAUUCUUCUUUUGACAAUUUAAGGUUUUUUCCAUAGAGCUUAUUUAUACCAACUUUUUUUCCUUUUAAACGUGUCAGCACUGUAGUGUAAAUAGCUCUACAAAACCUUCUUAGUGCGAUUUAUAUUGAGAUGUGAGCCACUUAAUAAAGGUUCAUAAUACUAAA